GGUCAAAAAGAGCAGAGCUGGCUGUUUCUGUGAGUUCCACUGGCCCAUUGCCUCCACUUGAAGAAAGAAAGCUACCAUGGAGAAUUUUUGGAUGUUGUGGGAAUAAAUUACGCCUACGCUUGGAUUCUGGUCUAAUGCUGGCUUUAUCUAACUUAAUAAACGCUGAACAACUACAAUCCCAAGCGGCAAUAAAUACACAC